UCUUGGCACCCCUAAGCCCCCCCGUGCGGGGGGCGGCUGUGAUCGCUCUGGCGGUUGGAGGUCGGGGAGCGGCCCGGGCUCUGGCCAUGUUCUCGGAUGAAGAUUUCUGGAUCGUCCUGUGAAGAGUUUGUAGGUAAGACUUAGCUCUGAUGUCUGAAGGGUGCUGGUCAUACAGCUAUGUCUUGACAUGAACAGGUCUCCCCGAGAGGGCCCUGCCCAGUCGGAGAGAGGGAUGGACAGUCAGAAGCCGCCUGGUGAAGAUAAAGAUUCAGAACCGGCAGCCGAUGGACCUGCAGCCUCCGGGGAGCCAGGUGCCACUGAGCCAGACCUUCCCGGCCCACGUGUGGGGGAGGUCUCUAUUCCCAGUUCUGGGAGUCCCAGGCUUCAGGAACCUCCCCAGGACUGCAGUGGGGGUCCAGUGCGGCGGUGUGCUCUCUGUAACUGCGGGGAGCCCAGUCUGCAUGGGCAGCGCGAGCUACGGCGCUUUCAGUUGCCAUUUGACUGGCCCCGGGUUCCAGUGGUGUCCUCGGAGGGGAACCCAGGUCCCAGUGAGGCAGUGCUGCCCAAUGAUGACCUGUCAAAGAUUGGUUUCCCUGAGGGCCUUACACCUUCCCACUUAGGAGAACCUGGAGGAUCCUGCUGGGCACACCAUUGGUGUGCUGCGUGGUCAGCAGGUGUAUGGGGGCACGAGGGUCCAGAACUAUGUGGUGUGGACAAGGCCAUCUUCUCAGGGAUUUCACAGCAUUGCUCUCACUGCACCAGGCUUGGUGCCUCCAUUCCUUGCCGCUCACCUGGAUGUCCACGGCUUUACCACUUCCCCUGUGCAACUGCCAGUGGUUCCUUCUUAUCCAUGAAAGCACUGCAGCUGCUAUGCCCGGAGCACAGUGAGGGUGCUGCACAUCUGGAAGAGGCGCGCUGCGCAGUGUGUGAAGGACCAGGGGAGUUGUGUGACCUGUUCUUCUGUACCAGCUGUGGGCAUCACUAUCAUGGGGCCUGCCUGGACACUGCUCUGACUGCCCAAAAGCGUGCUGGUUGGCAGUGUCCUGAAUGCAAAGUGUGCCAAGCCUGCAGGAAACCUGGGAAUGACUCUAAGAUGUUGGUCUGUGAGACAUGUGACAAAGGGUACCAUACCUUCUGCUUAAAACCACCCAUGGAGCAACUGCCUUCUCACUCUUGGAAGUGUAAGACAUGCCGGGUAUGUCGGGCCUGUGGGGCAGGCUCAGGAGAGUUGAACCCCAACUCUGAAUGGUUUGAGAACUACUCACUCUGUCACCGCUGCCACAAAGCCCAGGGAGGUCAGGCUGUCAGUUCUGUUGCUGAGCAGCAUCCGCCUAUCUGUAGCAAAUUUUCGCCCCCAGAGCCUGGUGAUAUCCCCACUGAUGAGCCCGAUGCUCUGUACGUUGCAUGCCAAGGGCAGCCAAAGGGUGGGCACGUGACCUCUAUGCAACCCAAGGAACCGGGGCCCCUGCAAUGUGAAGCCAAACCACUAGGGAGAACAGGGGUCCAGCAUGAGCCCCAGUUGGAGGCCCCCCUAAAUGAGGAGAUGCCACUGCUGCCCCCACCUGAGGAAUCACCCUUGUCCCCACCACCUGAAGAAUCACCCACGUCCCCACCACCUGAGGCCUCCCGCCUGUCUCCGCCACCUGAGGAGUCACCUGCAUCCCCGCCGCCUGAGGAGUCGCCCUUCUCUCCACCAGAAGCGUCACCCCCAUCUCCGGCACUUGAGACACCCCUGUCUCCACCACCUGACCCUUUGCCCCUGUCUCCGCCAUUUGAGGAGUCUCCUUUGUCCCCGCCGCCUGAGGCAUUACCUACUUCCCCACCACCUGAAGCCUCUCGCCUGUCACCACCACCUGAGGAGUCACCCAUGUCCCCUCCGCCUGAGGAGUCGCCCAUGUCUCCACCACCUGAAGCAUCUCGUCUGUUUCCACCAUUUGAAGAGUCUCCUUUGUCCCCUCCACCGGAGGAGUCUCCCUUGUCCCCACCUCCUGAGGCCUCACGCCUGUCCCCACCCCCUGAGGACUCACCCAUGUCCCCACCACCUGAAGACUCACCUAUGUCUCCCCCACCUGAGGUGUCAUGCCUAUUACCCCUGCCUGAGGUGUCACACUUGCCCUCCUUGCCCGAGGUGUCGCGCCUGUCCCCACCAUCUGAGGAAUCUCCUUUGUCCCCACCACCUGAGGAGUCUCCCACAUCACCCCCACCCGAGGCUUCACGCCUAUCCCCACCACCGGAGGACUCCCCUAGAUCCCCGCUACCUGAAGACUCACCUGCUUCGCCACCACCGGAGGACUUGCUCAUGUCCCUGCCGCUGGAGGAGCCACCUCUGUUGCCACUGCCCGAGGAGCUGAGACUGUGCCCCCAUCCCGAAGAGCCACAUCUGUCACCCCAGCCUGCGGAGCCCCAACUCUGUCCCCAGCCCGAGGAGCCACACCUGUCCCCUCAGCCUGAGGAACUGAGACUGUGCCCCCAGCCCGAGGAGCCGCACCUGUCCCCACAGCCUGAGGAGCCAUGCCUGUCUCCUGCGCUUGAAGAGCCGUGUCUGUCCUCCCAGCCAGAGGAGCUGCCCUUGUCCCCUAUGCCUGAGGAACCAUGCUUGUCCCCCCGGCCUGAGGACCUGCACCUGUCCCCUCAGCCUGAGGAAUUGCACCCGUCUUCCCAGCCUGAGGAACCUCAGCUGUCCCCCAUACCUAAGGAGCCCCACCUGUCCCCCCAGCCUGAAGAAACACACCUGUCCUCCCCUCAGCCUGAAGAGCCUCCUGAGGAGCCAGGCCAGUGCUCUGCACCUGAGGAAUUGCCCUUGUUCUCCCAAUCCAGGGAGCCACCCUUAUCCCCCUUGCUUGGAGAGCCGGCCCUGUCUGAGCCUGGGGAACCCCCCCUCUACCCUCUACCUGAAGAGCUGCCCUUGUCCCCAUCAGGAGAGCCAUCCUUGUCACCUCAGCUGAUGCCACCAGAUCCUCUUCCUCCUCCACUCUCACCCAUUAUCCCAGCUGCGGCCCCACCAGCCCUGUCUCCUUUGGGGGAGUUAGAGUACCCCUUCGGUGCCAAAGGGGACAGUGACCCUGAGUCGCCAUUGCCUGCCCCCAUCCUAGAGACACCUAUCAGCCCUCCACCAGAAGCUAACUGCACUGACCCUGAGCCUGUGCCCCCAAUGAUCUUUCCUCCAUCCCCAGGCUCCCCAAUGGCACCCACUUCUCCCAUCCUGAUGGAGGCCCUUCCUCCACCAUGUUCGCCGCUCCUUCAGCAUUCCCUGCAUCCCCCCAACUCCCCUCCUUCACAGUGUUCCCCUCCCGCUCUUCCACUGUCCAUUCCCUCCCCAUUGAGUCCCAUGGGGAAGGCAGUGGAGGUCUCAGAUGAGGUUGAGCCGAAUGAGAUGGAGACUGAAAAAGGUCCAGAACCUGAGUGCCCAGCCUUGGAACCCAGUGCCACCAGUCCUCUCCCCUCCCCCAUGGGGGACCUGUCCUGCCCUGCCCCUAGCCCUGCCCCAGCCCUGGAUGACUUUGCCAGUUUAGGGGAAGAUGUAGCCCCUCUGGAUGGGACUGAUGUCCCUGGUUCACAGUCAGAGGCUGGACAGACCCCUGGCAUUUUGGCUAAUGAACUUAAAGGUUCCCCUGUGCUCCUGGCCCCUGAGGAGCUGGCCCCUGUGACCCCUAUGGAGGUCUAUGGCCCAGAAUGCAAGCAGACAGGACAGGACUCAUCCUGUGAAGAGCAGGAGGAGUCCCGUGUACCAGUGGCUCCUACACCACCUACUCUCAUCAAAUCUGACAUUGUUAAUGAGAUCUCUAAUCUGAGCCAGGGCGAUGCCAGUGCCAGUUUUCCUGGCUCAGAACCCCUGCUAGGCUCUCCUGACCCUGAGGGUGGUGGCUCCCUGUCCAUGGAGCUGGGGAUAUCUACAGAUGUCAGUCCAGCCCGAGAUGAGGGCUCCCUGCGGCUAUGUACCGACUCGCUGCCAGAGACUGAUGACUCACUAUUGUGUGAUGCUGGGACGGCUAUUGGUGGAAGCAAAGCUGAGGGGGACAAGGGGCGGCGGCGCAGUUCCCCUGCCCGUUCCCGAAUCAAACAGGGGCGUAGCAGUAGUUUUCCAGGAAGACGGCGGCCUCGUGGAGGAGCUCAUGGAGGACGUGGGAGAGGACGGGCCCGGUUAAAAUCAACCACUUCUUCCAUUGAGACUCUGGUGGCUGAUAUCGAUAGUUCACCCAGCAAAGAGGAGGAGGAAGAAGAUGAUGACACCAUGCAAAAUACUGUGGUUCUUUUCUCCAACACAGACAAAUUUGUUCUAAUGCAGGAUAUGUGUGUGGUAUGUGGCAGCUUUGGCCGGGGGGCAGAGGGCCACCUCCUGGCCUGUUCACAGUGCUCUCAGUGCUAUCAUCCUUACUGUGUCAACAGCAAGAUCACCAAGGUGAUGCUGCUAAAGGGAUGGCGUUGUGUGGAGUGUAUCGUGUGUGAAGUGUGUGGCCAGGCCUCCGACCCUUCACGCCUGCUGCUUUGUGAUGACUGUGACAUUAGCUACCACACAUACUGCCUGGAUCCCCCACUGCUCACUGUGCCCAAGGGCGGCUGGAAGUGCAAGUGGUGUGUGUCUUGUAUGCAGUGUGGGGCCGCCUCCCCUGGCUUCCACUGUGAAUGGCAAAAUAGUUAUACACAUUGUGGGCCCUGCGCUAGCCUGGUGACCUGCCCUGUUUGUCAUGCUCCAUAUGUGGAAGAGGACCUGCUAAUUCAGUGCCGCCACUGUGAACGGUGGAUGCAUGCUGGCUGCGAGAGCCUCUUCACAGAGGAUGAUGUGGAACAGGCAGCUGAUGAGGGCUUUGACUGUGUCUCCUGCCAGCCCUAUGUGGUAAAGCCUAUAGUACCUGUUGCCCCACCAGAAUUGGUGCCUAUGAAGGUGAAAGAACCAGAGCCCCAGUACUUUCGCUUUGAGGGUGUGUGGCUGACAGAAACGGGCAUGGCUGUGCUGCGUAACCUGACCAUGUCACCACUGCAUAAGCGGCGCCAGCGGCGAGGGCGGCUUGGCCUUCCAGGAGAGGCAGGGCUGGAAGGUUCUGAACCCUCAGAUGCUCUUGGGCCUGAAGACAAGAAGGAUGGAGAACUGGACACUGAUGAGCUGCUCAAGAGCGAAGGUGGUGUGGAGCACAUGGAAUGUGAAAUUAAACUGGAGGGCCCCGCCAGCCCUGAUGUGGAGCCUGGCAAAGAGGAGACUGAAGAAAGCAAAAAACGCAAGCGCAAACCUUAUCGACCUGGCAUUGGUGGCUUUAUGGUGCGACAACGGAAAUCUCACACACGCGUGAAAAAGGGGCCUGCUGCACAGGCGGAGGUGUUGAGUGGGGAUGGGCAGCCCGACGAGGUGAUGCCUGCCGAUCUGCCUGCAGAGGGCUCUGCAGAACAGAGCCUUGCUGACGGGGAUGAGAAGAAGAAGCAGCAACGAAGAGGGCGCAAGAAGAGCAAACUAGAGGAUAUGUUCCCUGCUUACCUGCAGGAAGCCUUCUUUGGGAAAGAGUUGCUGGACCUGAGCCGGAAGGCCCUUUUUGCAGUUGGGGUAGGCCGACCAAAUUUGGGACUAGGAACUUCAAAACCCCGGGGAGAUGGAGGCUCAGACAGGAAGGAUCUCCCUACAUUGCAAAAAGGAGAUGAUGGUCCAGAUGCUGCAGAUGAAGAGUCACGUGGUCCUGAAGGCAUGGCUGAUACACCAGGACCUGAGGAUGGGGGUGUAAAGGCAUCCCCAGUACCCAGUGACCCUGAGAAGCCAGGCACCCCAGGUGAAGGGAUGCUUAGCUCUGACUUAGACAGGAUUCCUACAGAAGAGCUACCCAAGAUGGAGUCCAAGGACCUACAGCAGCUCUUUAAAGAUGUCCUGGGUUCUGAACGAGAGCAGCAUCUGGGUUGUGGAACUCCUGGCCUAGAAGGGAGCCGUACACCACUGCAGAGGCCCUUUCUCCAAGGUGGACUCCCUUUGGGCAAUCUAUCUUCCAGCAGCCCAAUGGAUUCCUAUCCAGGCCUCUGCCAGUCUCCCUUCCUGGAUUCUAGGGAGCGCGGGGGCUUCUUUAGCCCAGAACCCGGUGAGCCAGACAGCCCCUGGACAGGAUCAGGAGGCACCACACCUUCCACACCUACCACCCCUACCACAGAGGGUGAGGGCGAUGGGCUCUCCUAUAACCAGCGGAGUCUACAGCGUUGGGAGAAGGACGAGGAGUUGGGCCAGCUCUCCACCAUCUCGCCUGUGCUCUAUGCCAACAUUAACUUUCCUAAUCUCAAGCAAGAUUAUCCAGACUGGUCUAGCCGUUGCAAACAAAUCAUGAAGCUCUGGAGAAAAGUUCCAGCUGCUGACAAAGCCCCCUACCUGCAAAAGGCCAAAGAUAACCGAGCUGCUCAUCGCAUCAACAAGGUGCAGAAGCAGGCUGAGAGCCAGAUCAACAAGCAGACCAAGGUGGUUGACAUAGCCCGUAAGACUGAUCGACCGGCCCUCCAUCUCCGCAUCCCUCCCCAGCCAGGGGCACUGGGCAGUCCGCCCCCCGCUGCGGCCCCCACCAUUUUCAUUGGCAGCCCCACUACCCCCGCCAGCUUGUCUACCUCUGCGGAUGGGUUCUUGAAGCUGCCAGCGGGCACGGUGCCCGGCCCCGACUCACCUGGUGAGCUCUUCCUCAAGCUCCCGCCCCAGGUGCCUGCCCAAGUGCCUUCGCAGGACCCCUUUGGACUGGCCCCUGCCUACGCCCUGGAGCCCCGCUUUCCUGCAGCACCACCCACCUAUCCCCCUUAUCCAAGUCCAACUGGGGCUCCCACACAGCCCCCGAUGCUGGGUGCCUCAUCUCGCCCAGGGACUGGCCAGCCGGGGGAAUUCCACACCACCCCACCUGGCACCCCUCGACACCAGCCCUCUACACCUGACCCCUUCCUCAAACCCCGCUGCCCUUCACUGGACAACCUGGCUGUGCCUGAGAGCCCAGGGGGAGCAGGAGGCAAAACUUCCGAGCCCCUGCUCUCACCCCCACCUUUUGGGGAAUCCCGGAAGGCCCUAGAGGUGAAGAAGGAAGAGCUUGGGGCAUCCUCUCCUAACUAUGGGCCCCCAAACCUGGGCUUUGUUAAUUCACCCUCCUCAGGCCCCCACCUUGGUGGCCUGGAGUUAAAGGCACCUGAUGUCUUCAAAGCCCCCCUGACCCCUCGGGCAUCUCAGGUAGAGCCCCAGAGCCCAGGCCUAGGCCUACGGCCUCAGGAGCCACCCCCUGCCCAGGCUUUGGCCCCUUCUCCUCCCAACCACCCAGAGGUCUUUCGCCCUGGUCCCUACCCUGACCCCUAUGCUCAGCCCCCAUUGACCCCUCGGCCCCAACCCCCGCCUCCUGAGAGCUGCUGUGCCCUACCCCCUCGCUCAUUGCCUUCAGACCCUUUCUCCCGAGUGCCAGCUAGUCCUCAGUCCCAGUCCAGCUCCCAGUCACCACUGACCCCUCGUCCUUUGUCCACUGAGGCUUUCUGCCCGUCCCCUGUUACCCCUCGUUUCCAAUCCCCCGACCCUUAUUCUCGCCCACCCUCACGCCCUCAGUCCCGUGACCCAUUUGCCCCAUUGCAUAAGCCACCUCGGCCCCAGCCCCCUGAAGUUGCCUUUAAGGCUGGGCCUCUAGCCCACACUCCGCUGGGGGCUGGGGGCUUCCCAGCAGCCCUGCCCUCAGGACCAGCAGGUGAGCUCCAUGCCAAGGUUCCAACUGGGCAGCCCCCCAGUUUUGCCCGCUCUCCUGGGACAGGUGCAUUUGUGGGUACCCCCUCUCCUAUGCGUUUCACUUUUCCCCAGGCUGUAGGGGAUUCUUCCCUAAAGCCCCCUGUCCCUCAGCCUGGUCUCCCUCCACCCCAUGGGAUCAACAGCCAUUUUGGGCCUGGCCCCACCUUGGGCAAGCCUCAAAGCACAAACUAUACAGGAGCCACUGGGAACUUCCAUCAAUCGGGCAGCCCUCUGGGGCCCAACAGUGGGUCUUCAGGGGAGGGCUAUGGGCUGUCCCCACUACGCCCCACAUCUGUUCUACCACCACCUGCACCGGACGGAUCCCUCCCCUACCUGUCCCAUGGAGCCUCACAGCGGGCAGGCAUCACCUCUCCAGUUGAAAAGAGAGAAGACCCAGGGGCUGCAAUGAGUAGCUCUUUGGCAGUACCUGAACUCCCCAGUACCCAGGAUCCAGGCAUGUCCACCCUUAGUCAGACUGAGCUGGAGAAACAACGACAGCGCCAGCGAUUACGGGAGCUACUUAUUCGGCAGCAGAUCCAGCGCAAUACCCUGAGACAAGAGAAGGAAACAGCUGCAGCAGCUGCAGGUGCACUGGGGCCCUCGAGCAACUGGGGUGCUGAGCCCAGCAGCCCUGCCUUUGAGCAGCUGAGUCGAGGCCAGACCCCCUUCACUGGGACCCAGGACAAGAGCAACCUUGUGGGGUUACCCCCAGGCAAGCUAGGUGGCCCUGUCAUGGGAUCAGGGGCCUUCCCCAGCGAUGAUCGUCUCUCCCGGCCACCUCCAUCCGCGACACCUUCCACUAUGGAUAUGAACAGCAGGCAACUGGUAGGAGGCUCUCAGGCCUUCUAUCAGCGCACGCCCUAUCCUGGGUCCCUGCCCUUACAGCAGCAACAGCAGCAGCAGCAGCAGCAACAAUUGUGGCAGCAACAGCAGCAGCAGCAACAGCAGCAGCAACAACAACAACAACAAGCAACAACAGCAACCUCUAUGCGACUUGCUAUGUCUACUCGCUUUCCAUCAACUCCUGGACCUGAACUUGGCCGCCAAGCACUAGGCUCUCCCAUGGCAGGAAUUCCUGCUCGCCUGCCAGGCCCUGCCGAGCCAGUUCCUGGUCCUGCUGGUCCUGCCCAAUUCAUUGAGUUACGACACAAUGUACAGAAAGGACUAGGACCUGGGGGGUCUCCAUUUCCAGGUCAGGGUCCCCCUCAGAGGCCUCGUUUUUACCCUGUAAGUGAGGACCCUCAUCGACUGGCUUCUGAAGGGCUUCGUGGCCUGGCAGUAACAGGCCUUCCCCCACAAAAACCCUCGGCCCCACUGGCUCCUGAAUUGAACAACAACCUCCAUGCAACCCCACACACCAAGGGUCCUGCCAUGCCAGCUGGCUUAGAGCUGGUCAGUCGGCCCCCAUCAAGUGCUGAGCUUGGCCGCCCCCCUCCUCUGACCUUGGAGACUGGGAAAUUGCCCUGUGAAGAUCCUGAGCUGGAUGAUGACUUUGAUGCUCACAAGGCUCUAGAGGAUGAUGAAGAGCUCGCUCACCUAGGCCUGGGUGUGGAUGUAGCCAAGGGUGAUGAUGAAUUGGGUACCCUGGAAAACCUGGAGACUAAUGAUCCCCACCUGGAUGACCUGCUCAAUGGAGAUGAGUUUGACCUACUGGCAUAUACCGACCCUGAGCUAGACACUGGGGACAAGAAGGACAUCUUCAAUGAGCACCUAAGGCUGGUAGAGUCAGCAAAUGAGAAGGCUGAGAGAGAGGCUCUGCUUCGGGGCGUAGAGCCAGGACCUUUGGGCCCCGAGGAUCGCCCACCCCCUGCCACUGAUAACACAGAGUCCCGCCUGGCAUCUGUGCUCCCUGAGGUGAAGCCCAAGGUAGAGGAGGGUGGACGUCAUCCUUCCCCUUGCCAAUUCACCAUUACCACCCCCAAGGUCGAGCCAGCAUCUGCUACUUCUCUUGGCCUGGGGCUGAAGCCAGGACAGAGUGUGAUGGGGAGCCGGGAUACCCGGAUGGGCACAGGGCCAUUUUCCAGCAGUGGGCACACAGCUGAGAAAGGUCCCUUUGGGGCCACAGGAGGCCCACCAGCUCACCUGCUAACUCCCAGCCCACUUAGUGGCCCAGGAGGAUCCUCUCUUCUGGAGAAGUUUGAGCUGGAUACUGGGGGCCUGACUUUGCCUGGUGGGCAGACAACAUCUGGGGAUGAAUUGGACAAGAUGGAGAGCUCACUGGUAGCCAGUGAGUUGCCCCUGCUCAUUGAGGACCUGUUGGAGCAUGAGAAGAAGGAGUUGCAAAAGAAGCAGCAACUUUCAGCACAGCUACAGCCUGCCCAACAGCAACAGCAGCAGCAACAACAUUCCCUGAUGUCCACACCAGGUCCUGCCCAGACCAUGCCUUUGCCACAUGAGGGCUCUUCUCCCAGCUUGGCUGGGCCUCAGCAGCAGCUUGCCCUGAGUCUUGGAAGUUCCCGACAACAAGGAUUGAGCCAGCCAUUGAUGCCAGCACAGGCGCCACCUCAUGCCCUCCAGCAGCGGCUGGCUCCAUCCAUGGCCAUGGUGUCUAACCAAGGGCAUAUGCUAAGUGCACAGCAUGGGGGGCAGACAGGCUUGGUGCCUCAGCAGAGCCAACAGCCAAUGCUACCACAGAAGCCCCUGGGCACCAUGCCACCUUCCAUGUGCAUGAAGCCCCAGCAGCAAGCCAUGCAGCAGCAGCUGGCAAACAGCUUCUUUCCAGAUACAGAUCUGGACAAAUUUGCUGCAGAAGAUAUCAUUGAUCCUAUUGCAAAGGCCAAGAUGGUAGCUUUGAAAGGCAUCAAGAAAGUGAUGGCUCAGGGCAGCAUUGGAGUGGCACCUGGCAUGAACAGGCAGCAAGUGUCACUGCUAGCUCAGAGGCUUUCUGGGGGAUCCAGCAGUGAUCUGCAGAACCAUGUGACUCCUGGAAGUGGGCAAGAGCGGAAUGCCAGUGAUCCCUCCCAGCCUCGUCCUAAUCCACCUACUUUUGCCCAGGGAGUGAUCAAUGAGGCUGACCAGCGGCAGUAUGAAGAGUGGUUGUUCCACACCCAGCAACUUCUACAGAUGCAGCUGAAGGUGCUAGAGGAGCAGAUUGGUGUGCACCGUAAGUCCCGGAAGGCUCUGUGUGCCAAGCAGCGCACUGCCAAAAAGGCUGGUCGUGAGUUCCCUGAAGCUGAUGCUGAGAAGCUAAAGUUGGUUACAGAGCAGCAGAGCAAGAUCCAGAAACAACUUGAUCAGGUCCGGAAACAGCAAAAGGAGCACACUAACCUUAUGGCAGAAUAUCGAAACAAACAGCAGCAGCAACAGCAGCAGCAACAGCAGCAGCAUUCGGCCGUACUGGCUCUCAGCCCUUCUCAGAGUCCACGGCUACUCUCAAAACUCCCUGGCCAGCUACUUCCUAGCCAUGGGUUGCAACCACCACAGGGGCCCCCAGGUGGGCAAGCCGGAGGUCUUCGCCUGCCCCCUGGGGGUAUGGUCCUACCUGGACAGCCUACUGGCCCCUUCCUCAACACAGCCCUCGCCCAACAGCAGCAACAGCAGCAUUCUGGUGGGGCUGGAUCAUUGGUUGGCCCCUCAGGGGGCUUCUUCCCUGGUAAUCUUGCUCUCCGCAACCUGGGACCUGACUCAAGGCUCUUACAGGAAAGGCAGCUACAGCUACAGCAACAGCGUAUGCAGUUGGCCCAGAAACUGCAGCAGCAGCAGCAACAGCAACAACAUCUCCUAGGACAGGUGGCAAUGCAGCAACAGCAGCAGGGUUCUGGAGUACAGGCUAACCAGGGCCUAGGUCCCAAGCCCCAAGGGCUUCUGCCUCCCAGCAGUCACCAGGGCCUGCUAGUCCAGCAGCUGUCCCCCCAACAACCUCAGGGUUCCCAGGGCAUGCUAGGCCCUGGCCAGGUGGCAGUGUUGCAGCAGCAGCAGCAGCAACACCCUGGAGCUUUGGGUCCUCAGGGCCCUCACAGACAGGUGCUUAUGGCGCAGUCCCGGGUACUGAGUUCCCCUCAGCUAGCACAGCAGGGUCAUGGCCUUAUGGGACACCGGCUGGCUACAGGCCAACAGCAGCAGCAACACCAACAUCAACAGCAGGGAUCCAUGGUGGGGCUUUCUCAUCUUCAGCAAGGCCUGAUGUCACACAGUGGACAGCCCAAACCAAAUGCUCAGCCUCUGGGCUCCUUGCAGCAGCAGCAGCAGCAGCUCCAACAACAGCAGCAGCUUCAGCAGCAGCAGCUCCAACAGCAGCAACAGCAGCAGCAGCUCCAACAGCAGCAACAGCAGCAGCAGCUCCAACAGCAACAGCAAUUCCAACAGCAGCAGCUUCAACAACAGCAGCUUCAGCAGCAGCAAUUUCAACAGCAGCAACAGCAGCAGCAGUUUCAACAGCAGCAACAGCAGCAGCAGCCAUUGCAACAGCAACAACAGCAGCAGCCAUUUCAACAGCAACAACAGCAGCAGCAGCAGCCAUUUCAACAGCAACAACAGCAGCAGCAACAGCAGAUGGGCCUCUUGAACCCGAGUCGAACUUUAUUGUCUCCUCAGCAGCAGCAGCAGCAGCAGCAGCAGCCACCGCCGCCACACCCACAGCAGGUGACCCUUGGUCCUGGCAUGCCAGCUAAGCCUCUUCAACACUUUUCUAGCUCUGGAGCCCUAGGCCCAACUAUCUUGACGGGCAAGGAACAAAACACUGUAGAGACGGCUCUUCCUUCAGAGGUCGCGGAAGGGCCCUCACCACAUCAGGGAGGAUCAUUAGCAAUGGGGACUCUACCUGAGCCAAUGGCUGUUGAACCAGGGGAAGUAAAGCCCUCCCUCUCUGGGGAUUCACAACUCCUGCUGGUCCAACCCCAGGGCCAGCCUCAACCCAACUCUGUGCAGGUGCAGCCACCUUUGAGGCUCCCAGGACAACCGCAGCAGCAAGUUAACUUGCUCCACACAGCAGGUGUAGGAAGCCAUGGGCAGCAGAUGGGCAGCGGAUCAUCAUCUGAGGCCUCAUCUGUGCCCCACCUGCUGGCUCAACCCUCUGUUUCCUUAGUGGAGCAGACUGGGUCAGUGGCCCAGAACCUUCUGGGCCCUCAGCAGCCCCUUGGGCUAGAGCGACCCAUGCAGAAUAAUCCAGGGCCACAGCCUCCUAAACCAGGACCUGUCCCCCAUUCUGGGCAGAGUCUGCCUGGGGUUGGAGUCAUGCCUACAGUGGGUCAGCUUCGAGCGCAGCUCCAAGGAGUUCUGGCCAAAAAUCCACAGUUGCGGCAUUUGAGUCCUCAGCAGCAGCAGCAGCUACAGGCACUUCUGAUGCAGCGGCAGCUGCAGCAGAGUCAGACAGUACGCCAGGCUCCACCCUUUCAGGAGCCUAGUACCCAGCCAUCUCCUCUUCAGGGCCUCUUGGGCUGCCAACCUCAAUCUGGGGGCUUCCCUGGAUCUCAGACAGGUCCUCUCCAGGAGCCAGGGGCAGGGCCUCGACCUCAGGGCCCAUCCCGGCUCUCUGUCCCACAAGGAGCCUUAUCCACAGGACCAGUCCUUGGUCCUGUCCAUCCCACACCUCCACCAUCCAGCCCCCAAGAGCCAAAGAGACCUUCUUCACAAUUACCUUCCCCCAGUUCCCAGCUCACCCCCAAUCAUCCAGGGACUCCAAAGCCCCAAGGACCAACCUUGGAGUUGCCCUCUGGGCGGGUCUCACCUGCUGCUGCCCAGCUUGCUGAUACCUUCUUUGGCAAGGGAUUGGGACCCUGGGACCCCCCAGAAAACCUAGCAGAAGCCCAGAAGCCAGAGCAGAGCAGCCUGGUACCUGGGCAUCUGGAGCAGGUGAAUGGACAGGUGGUGCCAGAGGCACCCCAACUCAGCAUCAAGCAAGAACCUCGGGAAGAGCCAUGUGCCCUGGGAUCCCAGGCAGUGAAGAGGGAGGCCAAUGGGGAGCCACUAGGGACACCAGGUACCAGCAACCACCUCCUGCUGGCAGGCACCCGCUCAGAGGCUGGGCAUCUGCUCUUGCAGAAGCUUCUUCGGGCAAAGAAUGUGCAACUCAGUGCUGGGCGGGGGCCUGAGGGACUGCGAGCUGAGAUCAACGGGCACAUUGACAGCAAGCUGGCAGGGCUGGAGCAGAAACUACAGGGUACCUCCAGCAACAAGGAGGAUGCAGCAGCGAGGAAGCCAUUGACACCGAAGCCCAAGCGGGUACAGAAGGCAAGCGACAGGUUGGUGAGCUCCAGAAAGAAGCUGCGGAAGGAGGACGGGGUCAGGUCCAACGAAGCCUUGCUGAAGCAGCUGAAACAGGAACUCUCUCUGCUGCCCCUGACGGAACCUACCAUCACUGCCAAUUUUAGCCUCUUUGCUCCCUUUGGUAGUGGCUGCCCAAUCAGUGGGCAGAGCCAGCUAAGGGGAGCCUUUGGAAGUGGGGCACUGGCUGCCAGCUCUGACUACUAUUCCCAGCUGCUCACCAAGAAUAACCUGAGUAACCCGCCGACACCACCCUCGUCGCUGCCCCCCACCCCACCCCCAUCGGUGCAGCAGAAGAUGGUGAACGGUAUCACUCCUUCUGAAGAGCUGGGGGAGCACCCCAAGGACGCGGCCUCUGCCCGAGACACAGAAGGAGCACUGAGGGAUGCUUCAGAGGUGAAGAGUCUAGACUUGCUGGCCGCUUUGCCUACACCCCCUCACAACCAGACGGAGGAUGUCAGGAUGGAGAGUGAUGAGGACAGUGAUUCUCCUGAUAGCAUUGUGCCGGCUUCAUCCCCCGAGAGCAUCCUGGGGGAGGAAGCCUCUCGUUUUCCACAGCUGGGCUCACGCCAGUGGGAGCAGGACAACCGUGCUCUUUCACCCGUCAUCCCCAUCAUUCCUCGGGCCAGCAUCCCAGUCUUCCCAGAUACCAAACCUUACGGGGCCCUCGACCUGGAGGUCCUUGGAAAGCUACCUGCCACAGCCUGGGAGAAGGGCAAAGGAAGUGAGGUGUCAGUCAUGCUGACAGUGUCUGCGGCUGCAGCCAAGAACCUGAAUGGUGUGAUGGUAGCAGUGGCAGAGCUACUAAGUAUGAAGAUUCCCAACUCCUACGAGGUGCUGUUUCCAGACAGCCCUGCUCGAGCAGGCAUUGAGCCUAAAAAGGGGGAAGCUGAGGGUCCUGGUGGGAAAGAAAAGGGUUUGAGUGGGAAGAGCUCAGACACUGGCCCUGAUUGGCUGAAGCAGUUUGAUGCAGUGUUGCCUGGUUACACCCUUAAGAGCCAGCUAGACAUCUUGAACCUCCUCAAACUGGAGAGCCCUGCCCCAGAGCCAUCCAUCCAGCACAGCUACACCUACAACGUCUCCAAUCUGGAUGUGCGACAGCUAUCUGCUCCACCUCCUGAAGAACCCUCCCCACCUCCAUCCCCCUUGGCACCCUCUCCUGCUAGCCCCCCUGCUGAUCCCCUUGUUGAACUUCAGGCUGAACCCUCUACUGAGCCACCAAUCCCCUCACCCCUGCCACUGGCCUCAUCCCCUGAAUCAACCCGGUCCAAGCCCCGAGCCCGGCCCUCUGAUGAAGGUGAAGAUUCCCAUCCCCCUCGCCUCAAGAAGUGGAAAGGGGUACGCUGGAAGCGACUGCGGCUCCUGCUGACCAUCCAGAAGAGCAGUGGGCGUCAAGAGGAUGAGCGAGAGGUGGCAGAGUUUAUGGAGCAGCUUGGCACAGCCUUGCGACCUGACAAGGUGCCUCGAGACAUGCGGCGCUGUUGCUUCUGUCAUGAAGAGGGGGACGGGGCCACAGAUGGGCCCGCCCGCCUACUCAACCUGGACCUAGACCUAUGGGUGCACCUCAACUGUGCUCUGUGGUCCACAGAGGUGUAUGAGACUCAGGGUGGGGCAUUGAUGAAUGUGGAGGUUGCCCUGCACCGAGGGCUGCUAACCAAGUGCUCUCUGUGCCAGCGAACUGGUGCCACCAGCAGCUGCAAUCGCAUGCGUUGCCCCAAUGUCUACCAUUUUGCCUGUGCCAUCCGCGCCAAGUGCAUGUUCUUCAAGGACAAGACCAUGUUGUGUCCAAUGCAUAAGAUCAAGGGGCCCUGUGAGCAGGAGCUGAGCUCGUUUGCAGUCUUCCGGCGGGUCUACAUUGAGCGAGAUGAAGUAAAGCAAAUUGCCAGCAUCAUCCAGAGGGGAGAAAGACUGCACAUGUUCCGUGUGGGGGGUCUUGUGUUCCAUGCCAUUGGACAGCUGCUCCCUCACCAGAUGGCCGACUUCCACAGUGCCACUGCCCUCUAUCCUGUGGGUUAUGAGGCUACACGGAUCUACUGGAGCCUCCGUACUAAUAAUCGCCGCUGCUGCUACCGCUGCUCCAUCAGUGAGAAUAAUGGCCGGCCAGAGUUUAUAAUCAAAGUCAUGGAGCAGGGUCUGGAGGACAUAGUCUUCAUUGAUGCUUCUCCCCAAGCUGUGUGGAAUCGCAUUAUUGAACCUGUGGCUGCCAUGAGAAAAGAGGCUGACAUGCUGAGGCUCUUCCCUGAGUACCUAAAAGGAGAGGAGCUCUUUGGGCUGACGGUGCAUGCUGUGCUUCGUAUAGCUGAAUCACUGCCUGGGGUGGAGAGCUGUCAAAACUAUUUGUUCCGCUAUGGGCGCCACCCCCUGAUGGAGCUGCCACUCAUGAUCAACCCCACUGGCUGUGCCCGAUCGGAGCCUAAGAUCCUCACACACUACAAACGGCCCCAUACCUUGAACAGCACCAGCAUGUCUAAGGCAUAUCAGAGCACCUUCACAGGCGAGACCAACACCCCAUACAGCAAGCAGUUCGUGCACUCCAAGUCAUCUCAGUACCGGCGCCUGCGCACGGAGUGGAAGAACAAUGUUUAUCUGGCGCGGUCCCGUAUCCAGGGCCUGGGCCUCUAUGCAGCCAAGGACCUAGAAAAGCACACAAUGGUCAUCGAGUAUAUUGGUACCAUUAUUCGAAAUGAGGUGGCCAACCGACGGGAGAAAAUCUAUGAGGAGCAGAAUCGAGGCAUCUACAUGUUCCGAAUAAACAAUGAACAUGUGAUUGAUGCUACGUUGACUGGAGGCCCUGCCAGGUACAUUAACCAUUCCUGUGCCCCUAACUGUGUGGCUGAAGUCGUAACAUUUGACAAGGAAGACAAAAUCAUCAUCAUCUCCAGCCGGCGAAUCCCCAAAGGAGAGGAGCUGACCUAUGACUAUCAGUUUGAUUUUGAGGACGAUCAGCACAAGAUUCCCUGUCACUGUGGAGCCUGGAAUUGUAGGAAAUGGAUGAACUAAGAAGCUUUGAGGCUACCAGGCAGGGGAGUCCUACCCUCCAACCUCUUUCCCGCCAGGGACGAAGGGGAAGAGAGGUAGCAGCCAGAGCCAGGACCCAGGGCUGGCGCUGCCAGCUGACUGGAGCCCCUGAAGCAGGAGGCUGGGGCAGAGGGCCCUAGGCCAAACCCACCCUGGGCACCAGGGACAACCCUCUUCCCCACCACCGGCCCUCAGGCUGGCAUCUCUGCCCCCAGCUCCAAGAGGGGCUAGAUAGAAGCAGCCAUGGGCAUCUCAGGUUUGAGGGGGAUAUGGGCCGGGAACUACCCAGAAGCAUCUGGGAGGCAGCAGGGAGGGGGGAAGAGGAUGUGUGGCCAGGCCUCACAGCCCUGCUGCUCCCACUGACCUCUCUGGCCCAACUCAAGGCUGCAAAGAGACUUGACUAAGCUUGACAAUCCCAAAGGCCGGGUCCCAUACCUGGCCCUGCCUGCCGGGUCCUGCCCCCACCCACCCUCACCCCCAUCCCCUUCCCUCUCUAUCUGUCUCUGUCUCCCUCUUCUCCUCUGUGUUUCUGUCUCUCUAUGGGUUGUGUUUCCUUGUUUUCCACUCUGACAAAUGCAACAUGAACGGGAAAGAGGCAUCCAGCUGCCCAGGAGGGCGAGCUGGGCAAGCCGGGCAAGGAGACCCCGCACCCACACCUACCUCAUUUAAGUGUUGGAUUUUUUGCUGUUUUGAAAUGUGAGACCCUCUCCAAGCCCCCUACUGCCCCAACCCUCUCCCCCACCUCACUGCCCUCUUCUGAGUGGGUGGAAGGGGGGGUAGGAGGAGGAAGAAAAAAACAACAACAAAAAAUCCAUCUUUGUUUUUAAUUCUGGGCAUGGGAUGGUGGUUGAGGCAAAUGGUGAUGAAGAUUGGGGAUGACUGGCCCCUAGUUGCUCUAGGACUUCCUUCUCCAUCUGGACAUGGGGGCAGGAGCGGUGUGCUAAACCUAGGACCAGGACAUUUCCCCGCUGUUUUCCCAACCUCAUCAUGAGCCCAUUUGCCCUCCAGCCCCUGGAUGGGGUCAGUGGGGGGUAGGGUGAGGGCUAUCCCUGAGUGGCAUGCCCAUACCUAGUGAGGCAGGGUGUGGCCUGGAGCUCCCACUUUCCCUCAGUCACCAAACUGCUGCUGGUCUGGUGGGAAGGGGUGGUGAUGUGGGGGUGGGGAGCUUAGUGUCAGCGCGGGGAGGGUGGGGGGUAUUUAUCUAUUUAUACAUGGGAUUGUACAUAGUCUUGUGGGGCAUGGGGGAGCCGGCUGGAGGUGAGAACCCUCCCCUCUCCCCUCACCCCCGGGGAGAGCAAAUGUAAAACUACUAAUUUUUGUGCUUUAUAUAUUCUAUAUAAAUAUAUCUAUUUUCUUUUUACAAAACCAGUUUAUAAAUGGUAGGGGGGUGUGGGGCGGACAAAUGGAGCUCCCCUUGUGGGGGAGCCCCCUCCAUUACCCAACCUACCGCCCUUUUUCUCACCCCCCCCACUCCCCACCCCCCUGGCUGUGACUGCUGUAAGGUGGGGGUAUAGAGAGAGGCUGGGUGAUUUCUACCCUGUUGUAUAGUUGGACUAUGUUAUAACGCACAAAAGUGAGCUGGCCCCAGGGGGAGCCAGAGUGUGAUGGGUUCCCUGCCUCCCUUUCCUUCCCCUUUCUGCCCAAGCUUGUGCUGCAGUUGAACCUCUUCCUGGGGGUGUGGGUAGGUAGAGGAUGGGUAAGGCCCCUGUCCCCUCUCUGGUAGGGAGCCAUAGGAUGAUGGUGAAGCUUAUAUGCAGUUCUCUCCUGGGGGCUGGGGGCGAAGGGCAUUUUGUAAUUAAUAUUUUCAAGAAUCAGACGUCGGGAGUGUAGGGGUGGGCUUGGUGGUGGCAGAUGGGCUGGCCUGCUGGAGGGGAAGCAUGGUCGCUGUUGUGAUUUUAGGUUUGUUUUUGUUUUGUUUUGAAUUGCGGGGUUGUGGAUUGAUGGGGGUAGGGAGAUUUCUUUCUUCUUUUCUUUUUUUUUUUUAAGUUGCUUCAACUAUUUCAAGCUGCAAAUGUUUAAGAGAGUAACCCCCCACACACACACUCCCACAGGAAUCACUGCAAUUAGAUCAGACAGUGGGGAGGAUGGGCUGCUGCCCCCCAAAGCCACAGCAGAAAGGUGGAGGCUACUGGGAAGGAGAUAAUGCUCUGGGAAGUCAGGCUGUGGUUGGUUGGGGCUUGGGCCCUGGGAUUAGGAAAAGGAGACAGGGCAGACUUUGUAAGCAUAUGCUAGGUAUCCCAUAGUCCUGUAGAAUUUAGUGAACUCUUAUACAGUUUUUAAUUUUUAUAUAAACUAUAACUCAGACCCAAGCUACAAGGUUGGAAUUUUGGUUGUUGGUUGUUUUUUUUUGUUUUGUUUUUUUGGGUUUUUUUUUUAAGAACCCUGCCUGUAUAAUUGCAUCAGACUCCCCCCCCCCCCCCGUGUUUGUAUUUUGGGUUGGUUUACACUUGCACAUACUCAAUUUUUCAGUUUCUCCCCCUUACCGUCAUCUACCCUCACCUCCAGGACCCUGCCCCUUUUUAAAAAAAAAAAAAAUAAAUCGCUGACAAGUGUGAAUCCCGUGAAGACUUUAUUUUGUGGUGUGUGUAUCCUGUACAGCAAGGUUGGUCCUUCGUAACAACGGAUGAAAUGGUUCCCUUUUUUAAAGCGCCCUCUCUCCCUCCGCCCCCAGCGGCCCCACCCCCACCCCGCCCUCGGCAUGUUUUGUAUCAGCGAUCAUUCUGAACUGUACAUAAUUUAUGUUGCGAGAGGCAAAGGGCAAGUUUUGGAUUUUGCUUCUUACAAGUUUGUUUUUAAACGACAAAUAAAAAAAGAACAUUUUAAAUACAAGCGGCUCCGUCCCGUGACCCUCGCCGGCAG